AUGGUUUUAAGUAAACACAUUGAUGCAUUGAGAUUGGAAACGCAAAUUUUGAAGAAAACUCCACAAGCCCAAUUGCGUAAAGAUCAAUUCAUUGAUGCAUUUGAUUCCCACAAGAACAUUCCUCAAUUUGAAAUCCCACAAAACUCAUCAAAUGAACAAUUGAUUUAUAAAUAUCUUUCCCAAGAAUUAUCUCUUGAUGGGGUCCCCACAUUGAAUUUGGCCUCGUUCGUUAACACCUAUGUUGAUGGUACAUCUUUGAAAUUAAUCGAAGAUAACUUAACCAAAAACUUGGCGGAUAACGACGAGUACCCAAGCUUGAUAGAUAUACAAACCAGAUGUAUAUCUAUUUUAAGCAACUUGUGGGGUGCCCCUGGGAAAGUAGAUAAUGUAACUGGUAACCGAGUAACUAAUUCUAUUGGUACAGCCACAACUGGUUCAUCUGAAGCUAUAAUGUUAGCUGGAUUGGCUUUGAAGAAAAGAUGGCAAUUGAAAAGAAAAGCUGAAGGUAAAUCUACUGCCAAUCCAAAUAUCUUGAUGGCUACAUGUGCUCAAGUCGCCUUGGAAAAAUUUGCUUGUUAUUUUGAUGUAGAAAACAGAUUAAUUCCUGUCACCGAAGAAUCUGGUCAUUUGAUUGAUGUUUCCAAAAUCAAGGAAAAUAUUGAUGAAAACACAAUUGGCAUUUUUGUAAUUAUGGGAUCUACCUUUACUGGUGCAUUUGAGCCUGUUGAAGAAAUUUCGAAAUUAUUAGAUGAAGUUGAAAAAGAACGUGGAUUGGAUAUCAGAAUUCAUGUUGAUGGAGCAUCGGGUGGAUUUGUUGCACCAUUUAUUUUCCCCCAUUUGAAAUGGGAUUUUGCUGUCUCUAGAGUUGAUUCGAUUAAUACCUCUGGUCACAAGUUUGGGUUGACUUCUGUUGGUUUGGGUUGGGUGAUCUGGAAAGAUGCUGAUUUGUUGCCCAAAGAGUUGCGUUUUAGUUUGGAUUAUCUCGGUGGUGUUGAAGAAACAUUUGGCUUAAAUUUCUCUAGACCUGGUUUCCCUGUCAUUACCCAAUACUACAACUUUUUAACUUUAGGCAGACAAGGGUAUGCCAAAAUCUUUGAUGGGUGCAUGACCAAUGCUAGGUUGUUGUCGGAAUUUUUGGAGGAAAGUAAAUAUUUUGAGGUUGUCUCGGUUAUUCACCAUAAAUUGAGUGAAUCAGAAAGAAAAGCUCAAUUCACUAGAGAAGUCGAUGACAAACAUUUGGAUUCUAAGCUUUAUACUAUUAAUGAAGAUUUCAAGCCUGGUUUGCCUGUAGUUGCAUUCAGAUUCUCCAAAGAGUUUAGAGACAAGUACCCUGAAUUGCCUCAAGAAUUGUUGUCAACAUUGUUAAGAAAAAGAGGUUAUAUUAUUCCAAACUACCACUUGCCUCCAUCUGAGAACGACAAGGAGAUUUUGAGAGUUGUUGUUCGUAACUCGUUAUCUUUGAAUUUGUUGGAGAGAUUAAUUCAAGACAUCACUGAUGCUACCGAACUUUUGAUCAAAGCUGCUGAUUCCAUUACUGAUUAUGUUUCAACAAGUGGUGAGCACACUGAUGUUGAAAAUAGAGAAAGAAUUCAUAAGUUAUUGGCUGCUAUUGCCUCUGGUGGUGUUUCUGAAGCCAAAGAAGAAAAACACAAGAAGGAUAAUCACAAAUCCGGGAAGAAUAAAAAGUCUUAUCGUGGUACUUGUUAG